UAUAACUGGGCAUAUAUUGCAGUGGGACUCCUGAGGGAUCAGCCAACUGUUUCUCCAGGGAGAAGAGGCAAGGAGCGGUUCAGCUGCCUGUUCUGAGACUCUGCUUCAAGGGAAGCAAGAGCCCUUCACCUGAAAUCCUCCCACGAUGCUGUGGCUGCUGCUGCUGCAGGUCUGGGUGAGCUGCCUCUGGCUGGGACAUGGCGAGGUGGUGGAUUCCUUUGCAAGUUGUCCUGAGUUCUUCUACGGUGACACCCCCCCAGAUAAAGCCCUGAAGCCUCAGAACCCAGCCUGGAUCUGCCAGACCUUAAAAAACCAGCGUUUCUUUGCUACUUUGUACGACAAAGACAGGCGUAUUCCCGUGUAUUCUGCUUAUAAAUACGAGCCUGGAAAGGUCGUCAAAAACCACACAUGGACAGUUGAGCCCCAGCUGAUACGUUCAAAUUUGCCCAAAGAGAUGCAAACAGUGCAGACCCUUGAACGUCAAUACAACAUCAGCAAAGCUGAAAUCAUGCAAAGCCAGGCUGUCAACACAGACUAUGAGAAGAGUGGUUGGGAUCGUGGCCAUUUGAACCCCAAUGGCCACCACGACACCCCGGACAGCAGGAAUGUGACCUACACCCUCACCAACAUAGUGCCCAUGAAUGCAACACUCAACCGAGGCUCCUGGAAAAACUACGAGCAGCAAACGAUGCGCCAGAAAACCAAGAAAUGUCAAACUGACAAAAUCUUCGUCAUUGUGGGGGCUGUGCCUGGGAACUCCUCCAUCGCCAAUGGGAGGGUUAAUGUACCCAGCUACAUCUGGUCCGGUGCCUGCUGCAAGACCACGAACAACACCGUGAGUGCUUGGGCAGCUGUGGCCGAGAACAACCAGGACCAGGUCUGGGACCUCACUCUGGGGGACCUGGAGAACAGUUUGGCCCAGCUGAAGGCUGUGGGACGCGGGUGGCUCAGGUUGCCCACGGGUGUUGUGGAGUCUCCAUUGCUGGAGAGGCUCAAGCCCCAAGUGGACAUGAUCCUGGACAACCUGCUCUAG